AUGCUGGAGGUGCGCGCAGCCGCCGCCAAGGCGCUGCAGCGCUUGGACAUCACAGAGGCGCUGCUCUCCUCGGAGCCGCGGCUCAGGCGCUGGGGCCUGGAGAUGGCCACGGAGGGCAAAGAGCAGCGCCACGGCCAGGCUUUGGCACAGCUGCUGGGGGACCAGCAGGAUGUCAUUCGCUUCUGGGCGGCGCAGGCGCUGUGUGCCCUGGGCGCGCCGGCGUGCGACUUCCCGGAAGAGCUGAACCGGGCCGUGCAGGCGCAGAAGUUUCCAAGAGGUCGACCUCCAGCGUUGUAUGGGGAUGGGGGGAAUCACUCGCUCAUUUUCAACGAGUGGGACCUCGGCUGA